GAGGCGGCCCAGCGGCGAGCUGGCUUCCUCCUGGCCACUCGCAGGGGUGAGGGGAAGCCGGAGGAACCCGGGAGGAAGCCGAGAAGCGAGCGGGAGGCGGCGGCGGCGGCGGCUCCCGUCGGCCUUCGGCAAGACUGACCUUAGGGAGGCCGGAAAGCGGGCGCGCGCGGCGGAGAGGCGGGCGGGAGGCCGGUGAGACGGACGGGGAGGCGGACCGAGCCGCGGCCGAAGGAGCUUAUUGAAUGAAAAGUGCCAGAGACUGAAAAACCAAACAUGAGGGUAGCAGGUGCUGCAAAGUUGGUGGUCGCUGUGGCAGUAUUUUUACUGACAUUCUAUGUUAUUUCUCAAGUAUUCGAAAUAAAAAUGGAUGCAAGUUUAGGAAAUCUAUUUGCAAGGUCAGCAUUGGAUGCGGUUGUACGUUCUACAAAACCUCCCAGAUAUAAAUGUGGAAUCUCAAAAGCUUGCCCUGAGAAGCAUUUUGCUUUUAAAAUGGCAAGUGGAGCAGCCAAUGUGGUGGGACCCAAAAUCUGCCUAGAGGACAAUGUUUUAAUGAGUGGUGUUAAGAAUAAUGUUGGAAGAGGAAUCAAUGUUGCCUUGGUAAAUGGCAAAACGGGAGAACUAAUAGACACCAGAUAUUUUGACAUGUGGGGAGGAAAUGUGGCCCCAUUUAUUGAGUUUCUGAAGGCCAUACAAGAUGGAACAAUAGUCUUAAUGGGAACAUAUGAUGAUGGAGCAACCAAACUCAAUGAUGAGGCCCGGCGGCUGAUUGCUGAAUUGGGGAGUACAUCUAUUACUCAUCUUGGUUUCAGAGACAACUGGGUCUUCUGUGGUGGAAAAGGCAUUAAGACAAAAAGCCCUUUUGAACAGCACAUAAAGAACAAUAAGGACACAAAUAAAUACGAAGGAUGGCCUGAAGUUGUAGAAAUGGAAGGAUGCAUUCCCCAGAAGCAAGACUGACGUGGAGAAAACUGAAGGGAGCACACUUUCACUGUUAGUGGGAAAGCCCUACCAGAAAAACUACAUGUAAAUAUUUUAAGAGCAUGCAGCCAUUUCGGUGUGUGCAUGUCCAUUAUCUCUUUUGAUAUCAGGAUUAUUUAUUGCUAACGUAAAUAGCUGUCUUUGUAAAUAGUCAUCAUAAUGAGCAAAUCACUGAACCAUUUUCAAGCACAUCUCUCUAAUGGUACAAUAUUCAGACCAUGAUGCUAAUGGCAUCUUUUAAUUCUAAAAGCAUACCAAUGGCUAACUGAACAGAUAUGAAAAAUAUAUUGAUAUAUACUAGUCGCUGUGAAAAUCUAUCAUGGAACGAUAUGGAUUUUAGGGAGCAGACUUUUCUUUUACAUAUAUAUAUGUAUAUUGCCUUCUGAUGAUAGUAUCUUUUAAAUUAAAAAGAUAUUGGGCUGUAAUGUUACUUUACAGUCUGACUCCCCUGUUGUAUUUCUUUUCUUAGUCUUUCUCUUCCCUUCCCAAGAAACCUAUAAAUAAAAUAAGAAAACAUAUCAAAUACAUGAAAAGCACAACAGAAUUCUUUGUUUAAUGUACACAGUACAAAGUAAAUAUAUAAAUGUAGUGGCAUUCAGGACUGUAGCUUGAUGGAUUUUGUGUUAGCAGUGUGAAUAACUUGAUUUUGCAUAAGCUAGUCAGAGUGAGGCAGGAGGGGGCAACUCCCCAGAGCUGAGGAAUCUGGCCAGGUCCCUUCCCCAGCCUUAGUAGGUCAUUCAGGACAGCAUAUCAGUACAGUUAGAACCUUUCUGGCCUAAGUUUUCCUUAUUUAAUUGUUCUCAGCCUUGACCAAGUGGUUUGGAAAGAGGCAAACUUUAAUGUCACAAUGAUUUUAGAUUGUAAACCCAGAGAUUCUGUAUUUACUUUCAUCUGACUUCUGAUAGUAAUUUUUGCCUGAAAAGAUAACAACAUAUUUAUUUAUCAAUAAAAAAGUCCUAUUGAAGUGAUUGGGACUGAUAACAGUUAAGAAAUACUUUUAUUUGAUACACAGUGACUUCAUACCCAAUUCUACCUAAAAAUAUAAGAAAUCCAACUUUUUUGUUAGCUUCAGAUGUUCAAAAAAUGACUCAAGUUUCUUAAAAUAUUUUUAGGGCAUUAAAUAUUAUGUGUGAAAUAUCUUAAACUGGAACAUAAAAAAUGUAAUCAACAAACUGCCACUCACAGUAAAAGGCAGUACUUCAAUUUUGGAUCUAAAUUUUAGAUGUACAUAAAGAAAAACUAAAAGCAGUAUUUUUUAUUUUGCUAUAAACUGAGUUGGAAGUUAUUAAAUAUCAAUGAGUUUUGGGGUACUGUUUCUUCCCUCAAACUGAAUGUAAUUCAUGAAUCAAUGCACCUUACACAUCUAAGCAAUUUUUGUAAACUUUUCAGAUUUUUGGUGCUGAUACAGUAAAUCACUUUCAGCAUGUGUAUUUUAACAUUUCAAAUACUUUCCGUGAUUCUGUAAAUUAAAAAAAUAGCUAUUUUACAGUUCCAGGGAUUGUGAAAUAAGUGUUGCUUUUUUUUUUUAAGUAAUGAGAAUAAAUAUUCUUGGUUUUGCAUUUGUGAUUUUUUUUUUUUUGUAUUAUCUGGCAAAGUAAUAUACCUACAGAACUUCACAUUGAGGUUUUAUUGUCCUGCUUAACAUGCAAAAUUUAAGUCAUUCCUAUGGUUAAACACACUAAUAUCCUCAGGAUAUAUCUUAACACGGAUAGAAUUUAAGUAUCUAGAUGACAAGACUUCUGUUACAAGAUAAGGACUAACAUGAUCACUUUAGAGGUGUGUAAAAUGCCAAAAGAUUGGUUAUUUAAUUGCUUUCAUGCAGUUUGCUAUUGUUUCAGUUCUGUCUUGUAUGGUUUAUGUCAACAUAACUUUGAAAGCAAUAAUUUUACUGUAUUUUACUUUCAGAUAGCUUUUAAAAAUCAGCAUUGUAAAUGCAACAAUGCUCAUUUAGUGUUCAGAAUUUUCAUUAAAAUCAGAAAUUUAGCAUUGACACUUUGGUCUUUUAAAUGGUGUUUAAGGACUUAUGGAUGUGUAUUUUUUAUUUGUAAACAUAGAUACAGUCCCAAGAUAAGUUUAUUAUGAUAUGCCUGUUAAAAUACAGCAAAGACAGUAGGAAAAAAGUGUUAUCUAGGGAAUUAAAGAAAAAUUGAGCCAGAAUCUUUAUAUUCCUGACUUUGAUUAAAAUUUAUCAUUGUUCUUUCUA